UUUAUUUAUGUUCCAUAAAUUUUGCAUACAAAGAUCUUAUAAUUUCAAAUUCAACUUAUUUGUGAAUAUUAUAAAUUACUGUAAGAAAUAUAUCAUCAUUUAAUUUCUACCAGUUUCUACUGGUGUAAUGAAUAUAGAUGGCAGAGUUAUGCCAUUUGAAGAAGGUUAUUUUAUUAUAUGAAUUCAAGUUGGAUAAAUGAAGUGGGCGCAGCCAUUACAGGAAAUCUUAAUCAUUUUUGAACUAACAUUUGUUUCAAAUGCCGUUUAUUUUAUCAAUUUUUUUGAAGCUUUCAACCAUAGCGGUAGCAAACGCUGGGUUGUUGUAUCCUUUGGAAGAUAAGGCCAAUAAGGAGAAGAUGGCGGAAACAGAAGAGUUAGAGAAUAUGGUAUUAAGUUUCCGAGUAUCUGAGCUUCAGAUGCUUUUGGGUUUUGCUGGUAGAAAUAAAUCCGGCAGAAAAAACGAAUUACAAGCAAGAGCAUUAGAAUUAUUACGUCUCAGAUCACAUCCAGUCCAGCUUAAAAUACGAGAAUUAUACAAGACAAUACAAGCUGAUCAAUUAGCAGCACAUCAAAUGUAUGUUCAAACUGAUGGAACUGGAGAUACUCAAAUUGAUCAAAGUAUGCAUUCUAGAAGUUAUUAUACAAGACAAACUAUCGGACAACAGCAACAAACACAAAGUUCAGUUUCUUCUGAAAAAGAACUUCCACCCGCACAUCAAGCAUCUUUACCUAAAAAUCCUAGGACUACUCCUGUAUAUCAGUCUCCAGGUUACACAAGCGUAGCACCACAAAGAACAAAUGCAACAUACAAUCCAUAUCCAUAUGCACCUAAAGUGCUACCAGUACCAUUACAGAUACCAUCAGGACAAUAUCCUGUUCAUCCAGAUGUCAAAUUGAAAAAAUUACCUUUUUUUGAUUUAUUAGCAGAAUUAUUGAAGCCAUCUAGUUUAAUGCCACAAGGAUCAGUAAGAGUACAAGAAAAUACAUUUAUGUUUCAUUUAACACCACAACAGUCAACUGACAUAGCUAGUUCUCGAGAUUGUCGUGCAGGAAGCAAAAUGGAUUACAUGGUACAGAUGAGGUUUUGUUUACAAGAAACAUCAUGCGAACAAGAGGAUUACUUUCCACCAAAUAUUGUUGUAAAAGUUAAUGGAAAACUUUGUCAGUUACCUAAUCCUAUACCUACAAAUAAACCUGGUGUAGAACCAAAAAGACCCCCAAGACCAGUAAAUAUUAGUCCUUUAGUUAAAUUGUCACCUACUGUAGGAAAUCAAAUUCAUGUUUCUUGGUCAUCUGAUUAUGGUAGACGAUAUGCAAUUGCUGUGUAUCUUGUGAGAAAACUUUCGAGUGCAGAAUUAUUAACAAGGCUAAAAAAUAGAGGCGUUAGACAUUCUGAUUACACCAGAGGUUUAAUAAAAGAAAAACUAAAUGAAGAUGCAGAUAGUGAAAUAGCUACUACAUCACUCAGAGUAUCCUUAGCUUGUCCUUUAGGAAAAAUGAGAAUGAAUACACCAUGUCGUGCAUCAACAUGCUCACAUUUGCAGUGUUUUGAUGCUUCCUUAUUUUUACAAAUGAAUGAACGAAAACCAACGUGGAAUUGUCCAGUGUGCGAUAAACCUGCUCUACAUGACAAUCUUGUUAUUGAUGGAUAUUUCCAAGAAGUUUUAAACUCUAAAAAAUUAUUACCAGAUGUUAAUGAAAUACAAUUGCUUCAAGAUGGUUCUUGGGAAAAUUUAGUGCUAAGAAAAGAGAAAGACAGAGAUAAAACCGAAACAAAAGUGGCGACUAACUUACAAGAUCGUAAGAUAGAUGUGGACACAGUAGAACUAGAUGAAAGCAGUCCUACUAUACCAGUAUUAAAGGAGAAGAAACGUACUGUUGUCAUUGAUUUGAUAUCAGACAGUGAUGAAGAUGAUGAAGAUUCCAUACCAAGUCAAAGUACAAAAAAAAAAACUAGAAGUUCUACUCCUCCAAAAAAAUCUCAAACUAGUUCUAUAAGCAGUACAAGUGAAUCACCAGAUUUAAUGAUAAUCGAUCUAGAAUGAUUGUCUUUACAGGAAAAACAAUAGAAAUUCAAUGAGGAAUUUCUUUGGUCUGUGAUGUGAUCAUUAUCAACUUCACAUAUAAUAUGAAAGGAAAAAAAAAAAAAAAAAAAAAAAAAAAAUUCAGAACAUUGUUUUUAGUAUAAUUUUAAAUAUAAAAAUAUUCAUUAAUCAGAUACAUAUAUUACAGAAAUUAUUACUUAUUUAAGCAUUCCUUUACUUUAUUCUGUAUGUACAAUUUAUUUCACUAUAGAAACUCAUUGCUAGAUAACUUUAUUAUCAUUUUCAUAUUUCAAAACUUAAAAGUAAAAAAUAUAAUUUUUCACUAUAAAUAAUGAAAAAA